AUGAUAAUUCCAAUUUAUGUUCAAAAAAAGAUAUUAAAUUUUUUAAUAAUAGAUAUUAAUUAUCAUAAUAAAAAAAUUAAAUCAUAUACAUCAUCAUAUCCAACACCACCAAUACCAAAUGAUCUAUUUUCACGUAAACCAACACAACCAAUUGAUAUUGAUAAAAUUUCAUUAGUAUGUUGGGAAUGGUUUAAAUAUAUGAAAUUAAAUCUAAAUGUAUCAAUUGAUUUCUAUUAUAAAAAUAAUCCAAAUUUAGAUUAUAAAUCAUUAAUAAUUAAAUUAAAUGAAUUAAUUAAUAAUAAUAAUAAAAAUAAUAAUUAUUCAAUAAUUAAUAAUGAUUCAAUAAAAUAUUUAAAAUUAAAUACAGAAAAAUUUAAAAAUGGAUAUAAUAAACCAUUAAUUACAGAAGAUGACUUAGUAAAGUUAGUUAAUUUAUUAAAUCAAUUAAUUAUUGAUAUUAGUUUAUUUAAGAAUUUAAAAAGAAUAAUAAUUAAUAAUUUAUCAUUCUCAAAAAUGGAUAAAAUUAUAAUUAAAGGAAUUAAAUUUAAAAAUAUAUCAUUAUUUAAACAUAUUGUUCAAAGAAUUAAUAAUGAAACCUUAAAUAAUAAUAAUAAUAAUAAUAAUAAUAAUAAUAAUAAUAAUAAUAAUAAUAAUAAUAAUAAUAAUAAUAAUAAUAAUAAUAAUAAUAGUAGUAAUUAUAAUAAUAAUAAAAAAGAAUAUUUAAUAGGAGAUGAUAGUAAUAUUACCUCAAUUUAUGAUUUCACAUUUAGUUAUCAAAAUAAUUCAACUGAUUUCCAAUAUUUAAUAAAAUCAUUAUAUAAUUUAAAUAGACCAAUUAAAGUAAUUGAAAUUGGAUUUUCAAAAAUUAUUUUAAAUUUUUAUAAAACUUUUAAAUUAUUAAAAUCAAAUAAUAAUAUUAAUAAUAAUAAUAAUAAUAAUAAUAAAAGUAUUGGUUUUUCAAAAGUUAAUAUUUUUAUAUUAGAAGAUUCAACAAUUACUACAUUAUAUUAUUCUUUAAAAUUAUUUCCAAAUUUAAAAAGUUUAAUUAUUUCAAUGAAUUUUCAAUCAUUUAUUUCAAAGUUUUUUCAAAUGUUUCCAAAUUUAUUAUUAAAUUAUAAUAAUAAUAAUAAUAAAGAAAUAGAAUUUAAUAGUAAAAUUAAAGAAUUUAAUAAUAAUUUAUUAACAAAUGAAAAAAUAGAAUUAUUUAUUAAACAUUGGAAUAAAUAUAAAGAAUUAAUUAAAAUUAGUAAAAGUUUGAAAUCAAUUUCAAUUGUAACACAAAUGAAUGAAAAUGUAAAUUGGGUAUUAAAUGAAAUUCCACAACUAUUAGAAGUUUUAUUUUCAAUGAUUAUUGAAAAUGAAUCAAUAACUAGAAUUUUCUUACAAGAUAUAAAAUCAAUACAACUAAUUAAAUAUUUAUUGGAAAAUAAUAAAAGAAUUAAUCAUUAUUUCAUCUUUUUAAAUGGUGAUUACUUUGAAAUUGAUGAAACAACUGAUUCUUAUAAUUUUAAAGAAUUUGAAUCUUCAAUUAUACAAUUAUUUAAAUUAAAUCAAUUUAAUCAUGUAAAAUCAUUUCAAAUUUCAAUUAAUUCUGGUGAACCAAAAUUUAUAAUUAAAUAA